CGGAAGGUAAGCGCGGCUGGCGGCCGAGAGUGUCAGAAUCCUCCUGUCCACGCCAAGGGGCUCCGCGGGGCUGGAUUUCUCCGGCGUCACGGCGGGGGAAGGCGGGGGUCGGGGCGCGGCUCUCGGCAGCCGGCCCGGGGCAGGCGGCUGCUGUGGGGCGUGUGCUCAGGCCCGUAGGGCCGCCGCCCUCAGGCCGGGAAACACACUGAGGUGCUUGAGCGUGUCCAGAGAAGGGCAACGGAGCUGCUGAAGGAUCUGGAGUAUAAGUCCUGUUAGGAGUGGCUGAGGGAGCUGCGUGUUGAGCUGGUGUUUAGUCUGGAGAAAAGGAGGCUUGGGGAGACCUUUAUUGCCCUCAACCACCUCACCAGGUGAGGAUUGGUCUCUUCUCCCAGACGAGUAAUGACAGGCCGAGAGGACAUAGCCUCAAGCUGUGCCAGAGGAGGUUCAGGUUGAACAUCAGGAAGAAUUUCUUCACAGGAAGGGUGAUUAGACAUUGGAAUGGACUGCCCAGGAGGGAGGUGGUGGAGUGGACGUGACACUUAGUGCCAUGGUUCUUACCAUGAUUCAACUUAGUGCUUAGUUGAUAAGGUGGUGUUCGGUCAAAGGUUGGACUCGAUGAUCCUAGAGGCCUUUUUCAGCCUAAUUGGUUCUGUGAUAGAAAUCCUCUGUGCAGGCCGUGUAUGCACUGCCCUGGGUGGGGGCACUGAGCAGCUGCUGCAGGGCUGAGCAAGCACGAGGCAUUCCCCAGCCCCAUGCUGCUGUCAGAUUGUUGGUAGGGACCUUGGCACUGACUGCCUAGUGCAGCUACUCUGUAAACUCACCUUUGAAGUAAGAGCCCGAGAUUAAAACAAAGAGCCAGUUCAGAUAGGUGUGAAAGAUCAUGUUGAGUCUUGUCAUCUCCCACCUUCCUCAAUAUGAAGCGCCUCUCGGAAAUCUUUGAAAGAGAAGUAGGCAAGCAUAAAAUAGCAAGCACAGCUUCUGCUGAUCAAGAGUGGUAGCAGACUACAAGGAAAGAGACAAUGUCUUCUGAAACAGUCCAACAGGAAAGUCAGACACCUCCAAUAAAGCAACGUGGAUGGCCAAUGAUAUUUUGUCCCCUCUCCCAAAUUCAAGACAAAGAGAUUGCAAAGAUCCUUAAGGAAUGCAAACAGGAAAGUUUCUGGUAUAGAGCUCUUCCUUUAACUCUUGGGAGCAUGCUUGUCACCCAGGGGCUGAUCUCAAAAGGCAUUUUCUCAGCAAGCCCAAAAUUUGGUCCAUACCCCAAGAUGGCAAUUGCUGGUUUUUUGGGUUAUGCCAUUGGAAAGAUGUCUUACAUGGGAGAAUGCCAAAAAAAGUUUCAGAAAAUUGGUAUUGCACCAGUUGGUCCACAACAAAAAAGGAAAUGUCAUCAUACUUGCAAAGAAUGUAAAGCAAAAUCAAGAUCAAAUGAGAGAGAAGGUACAAAUCUUUCAACAUCUUAGUCCCAGAUGUGGUGAACGUGAUAAAAACCAUAUGGACCAUCUUCUUUCAAGGCACUUUCCUGAAGAAUAGAAAUAAUAAUUUUGUGAUUCUCUCUCUUUGGUAUAAGUUGACUUAUUUGAAAUAGUUGCAUAUUUUUACAUAGUUCUGUUUGUACUAAAUACCACUUUUUUAAAGUGCACUUUCUGAAAUACACUCCUCUCUUUUCAGCA